GUGGAGUCUAUGAGUUGAUCUGAACAGUUUCAGGGUCAACCUCCAGUCGUAGAGGGGUGAUCUGGUCCUCCUGCUUUCUUUAAUUUUCCUUUCUGAGGUCUUCCUUUGGAUAUUCCGUGUUUCGACAGUCAUCCUCGAAUUCAUAUCUUUGUUCUUCACAUCUUCUUUCAAAUUUCACUCUUAACUGGAGUACAUUUUACUGGAGUUUGCCCGUCCAAUUCAUCCUCCUCUUCCUCAUUACUUUGUUCCUUCUCUGGAUCACUGGACACAAACAGCUGAUCGACCAAGCAACGAGAAUAUUACCAGCAAACCAAGCAGCAAGAAUGACCGAUAAACCGGGGAUGACGACUGGUGGCGGAGAUGAUGCGGGUAGCAUCAUGGCGUUGCUGGAACGCGUGGCGGGCCUCAUGGACAGCGUCCAGGUCACACAGCAGCGCAUGGAGGAGCGUCAGCUUGAGCUGGAGAGCACGGUCAAAACCAUCCAGGCCGAUGUUGUCAAACUGACCAAUGAGCACGCCAACACCAGCUCUACCGUCGACCGGCUGCUGGAGAAAACACGGAAGGUCAGCCGGCACAUCAAGGACGUCAGGGUGCGUGUGGAGAACCAGAACAUCAGGGUCAAGAAGGUGGAGGCCACUCAGGGUGACCUCCUCGCCAAGAACAAGUUCAGGGUGGUCAUUUAUCAGGGUGACCAGGAGGUGAAAUCCGUCGCCCCGGGAAACGAGCCAGAGGAGCCCAGCAGCAGCGGGGCCCGGGCCAGAGCCGAGGUGGAGCCCGACAAGUUCGAGCUCCCUCCAGAGUCGGACGAGGAGUACAUGGUGGUGGAGGAGGCUGACUCCUCGGCAGCCAGCCGCAUAAAGAAGACGGGGCUGACGCGCAUCGAGAGCUUCAAAGCCACCUUCUCCAAGGAGAACAUGAGCAAGACCCGCGAGAACCUGGGCACCAAGGUGAACAAACUCGGCGAGCGCAUCGUGACGGCCGAGAGGCGCGAGAAGAUCCGCCAGUCCGGCGAAAGGCUGAAGCAGUCGGGAGAGAAGCUGAAGGACACCAUCACCAAGAGUGUCCCAGCCAAGCUCAACCUGAAGAAGGAGAGGACUGUGGCAGAGGGCCAGGAGGGAGCCGAGGGCGUCACGGAAGGAGCUCUGCCCGUCCCUCCUCCCAAGGGCCGCAAGACCAGCCCUCACGCCGCCAGGCCGGCCGAAGACGAGGGCAGAGCGGAGGGAUCUGAGGUGCCGAUGUACGACAUGAAGCAGCUAUCCUAAAACCAGAUCUGGGCCCUUUCUUUGGACUUCUGAGACACACUGAGAGGAAGGUUUUUGGGUAGCUGUACAAGAAUAAAUGAUUCAUUAAAAAAUAAAAUAAAGAUUAUUUUGUGUUGAACACUUGAAGGAAGCGAGCAGAGAACAGAUCCAGUCAGACUGAACAUCAAACCCAAGUGUUCUUUCGGACAUUUACCAUCAAAUCCUGAGUGAAGUUAUUUUUCUGUCUCAUGUUCAAUAAACAGUGAGCUGGAAAACCGAAGAACAGACUUCAGACGUUCCCUGCAGAGUUUCUGCUGCAUGUUGCUGAGACUGAGCUGAUGAUGAAGCUGUGAUGGGUUUAUGGCACGUUUGGUUCUGGAGAAGAGUUUUACUGUCGGUGCAGGUGAAAUGAUCAGAGGUUACAGCCUCUGGUUAAAGUGGAGGCAGAGAUCAGGACGGCUGAGCAGCAUCAGUGUUAGUAACACAAAGAUCACAGAAUGGGAUCAUCCACACAACACUAACAUCUAAAUCCACGGCAGGAACUCUUCCAGUGUCCUGAAAACUCUGCGAUGCUGAGAUUAAAAUCUGUCUGCUCAUCUUAAUGCAACAUUUACUAAAGUCUGGUAGAAGUUUUACUGAUUUCCAGUCACUUAGCAGACGUGUGGAUAGGUGGUGGGUUGUAGAGCAGACUGAAAGCUUUAAGUUCAUCCUCUGAUUAAAAACUCAGACCCACAGAUACUUACACGCUGGUGUAAGACAGGAAACAGCAACACGGCAGCCAUCUUUUUCCUCCCAUGAUGACCAGUGUCCCAGCAGCAGCUGGGGUUUGUUAGAUCCUGUUCGAUCCAGAGGAAACAGGCUGAAAGAGUCGAUCGGGGGGAUCAUGGUUUUAUUAUGUACUCGUUAUGAUUGAAGCUCUGGUUGUGUGUUAGAGACAGAACCUGCAGAUUCCUCCGCUCUGCCUCCUCCUCUGCAGGAAUCAGCCUCUUGGCUGGUUUUAUUCACCAACGUGAAUAAAAUCAUCAAACUAAUCCAAGUUCAUUAUGAAAUGUCUGAAAAUGGAGGAAUAAAUCUGUCAGUUACGUAUAAAG